AUGGCCGAAAAACAAACCAACCGCAAAAUGGUCAUUUUUUCUGUCUCUUUUUAUAUAACUACGGCACUUGUAAUGGUAUUUGUGAACAAGUGGGUAUUGAAUAGCGUCGAUUUACCUUUUUCUUUACUCUGGUUCCAAGUUGCUUUUGCGGUAAUUCUUUUACAUAUCUCGGCAGCUUUUGGUCUAUUUCAAUUACCAAUAGUACAACAGGAUAUAUGCGUUGGUUUAUUGCCACUUGUCAUAAUUAAUGUCUUGGGAUUAAGUUUUAAUACUGUAUGUCUACAAUAUGUAGAUGCUAGUUUCUAUCAGGUUGCUCGUGCAUUGGUACUUCCAUUUACUGUCCUAUUUUCUUACAUAUUCCUUUACCAAAAAACAUCAAUGAUGAUUCUCUUGGCAUGUUUUAUUGUCUGUAUGGGAUUCUUUGUUGGUGUAUCUUCAGAACGUUUAACAUUAUCUAUGCUUGGAGUCUUUUUUGGUGUAUGUUCAUCUGUUUCAACAGCUUUACACGCGAUUAUUAUAAAGAAAAGUUUAGAUGUUGUUAAAGGAAAUACUAUGGAAUUAGUUUAUUAUAAUAAUUUAUUGAGUACUAUCGCGUUUGCUCCUGUAAUCUUAUUAGCAGGAGAACAUAAAGAUGUUUUCAAUUUAUUUUUCGACUCUGAUCCUACCGUUUUAUCUGAUGGUAAAAAUGAUUCCUCCGCUAGAACUUUUCUAAUUGUCACAUCCCCUGUGACUCACAUGAUUUCAUCCGCAUUCCGAGGUGUUGUUCAAACUAUUCUUGGAGCAAUUCUCUUUGAAGAAAUUUUAACUAGUGGUCGUGUUGGUGGUAUAUUUAUAAUACUCUCUGGAAGUUGUUUAUAUACAUGGGUUAAAGAUCAAGAGAACAAGAGACAAAUCGAAUCUUAUGAAAAAUUAGAAAAAGGUGAAUUAAAUCGGGAUGAAGGAUUUAAUAUUGAAAGUGAAAAUAAUGAGAAAGGAGAUGAGUAA